AUUCUUCGCGGGUUGCUUAGAGACCCUCAGCUCCCCUUUCACCCCCACCGAGUUCUACCCCCUCCAGAUCCGGACUUGGUGGCCAGCGCAGCCCAGAAGCCCGAGGAUCAGCAUGGAGAUGAAUCCUUCCUUGGAGGUGAUCCCAUCUCACCCAGACUUGGUCAUCUAUGUAGGAGAAGUGACUCUCGGAGAAGAAAAUCGAAAGAAAAUGGACAAAAGGAAGAAAACAGAGGAGAAAGAAAGAAUUAUCCAGGCUGCUUGUGCUCUGUUAAACUCUGGAGGAGGAGUUAUUGAGAUGCAGAAAGCUGACAAGAGUGAGCAUCCUGUGGAGAUGGGCCUGGACUUGGAACAGUCUUUGAGGGAGCUUGGUCCAUCUUCUAAUCUGCAUGCUUUCUUAGAGACCAAGCAACGAGGCAACCGGUUUUACAUUUUUGUUAAAUCUUGGAGCUGCGGCCCUGAAGAAGGUUUUACCAAGCCUCGAAUUUGCAGCCUCAGCUCUUCAUUGUACAGUAGAGGCUUAACGUCUAAACUUCUCAUGGAUUCAAGAGCUGCAUUUGAAUUUCUGGAAGACAAGAAGAGGAACACCAAGUGUAAUCCGACUGAUGACGGAGCGCCACAUGCUAAAAUUCCCAGGGUUAUGUCUGGGAGCAGCCCUGAAUCAAAUCCUGCUUUUGAAAUUUUCCAAAGUGAGAAACUUGAAUAUGGUCAAAGCUUGCUUUUUCCUGAAACUACAUCCAUAGAGUUUAAACAGUUCUCUACAAAACAUGCCCAAGAGUAUAUAAAAAGUGUGACACCAGAGUACAUCUCCGCAUUUGCAAACACACACGGAGGCUAUCUUUUCAUUGGAGUGGACGAUAAGAGUAAAAGAGUCCUGGGAUGCCCAAAAGACCAUGUGGACCGCGACUCUUUGAAAACAGUGGCAAAUGAAGCAAUAUCCAAGUUGCCAGUUUUCCAUUUUUCUUCAUGUAAAGGAAAGGUGUCUUACGAGACCAGAGUCAUCGACGUGUUUCGAGAGGGACAUUUGUAUGGUUAUCUUUGUGUGAUCAAAGUAGAGCCGUUCUGCUGUGCAGUGUUCUCUGGAGCUCCUGUUUCAUUCAUGGUAGACAAGGUGAAAGGUGUGUACAGCCUGAGCACCGAGGAAUGGGUAGGCAUGCUGAUGGACGUUGGCCCAGAGGCAGCUCCCAACCAGCAAUCUUCCCUCAGUGACCUGUCUCAAAACUUUGAAUGUCAGCUGAGUCUAUCCAACAGCCCUCCACGCUGCAGACCAGUGUACUCUAAGAAAGGACUGGAACAUAAAGUCGAUCUGCAAAAGCGUUUAUUUCCAGUGUCACCAGGACGGUUACGCUAUACUCCUAAAUCCCUGUGGACGGAGCUGUGCUCACAGCACGAGAGACUAGAGGACUUAAUAAGCCAGCAAGUGCACCCUUUCUCCUGUGGGGUGCUGAUCAUCUCGAGAAGCUGGGCUGUGGACCUGGACUUGGAAGAGAAGCAGGGAGUCAUCUGUGAUGCUCUGCUGAUUGCAGAGAAGAGCACCCCCAUCCUCUACACCAUCCUUGAGAAGCAGGAAGAGUGGGGACAGGGCUACUGCACCUGUAUUGCCUUUACCCUGAAGCAGAAGCUAGUGACCACCGGUGGCUACACUGGCAGGCUGUGUGUCCUGACCAAGGUUCUCUGCCUGAGUCCUGAGAACAGUGCUGAGACCCAUCGGGAGUUAGUCGCUCCUAUUGAUUACCCAAGUUCCUAUAAGCUUGUGAACGCCCAGGCACUGGAAGCCUUGCUGCAGGCUCUUGUGAUUGUCUUGCUCACCUUCAGGUCUUUCUUGAGUGACCAGCUUGGAUGUGAAAUUUUGAAUCUUCUCACAGCCCAACAGUAUGAGAUACUCUCAAAAAGUCUCCGCAAAACCAGAAAACUGUUUGUGCAUGGCUUGCCGGGCUCAGGGAAGACGAUCAUGGCCAUAAAAAUCAUGGAAAAGAUCAAAAACACAUUCCACUGUGAAACAAAUAGAAUUCUCUACAUCUGUGAAAAUCAGCAUUUGAGGGACUUCAUCCGGGCAAAAAAUCUCUGCCAGGUGGUGACACGAACAACCUUCAUGAGAAACCACUUUAAGACAGAGAUGAUCCAACACAUCAUUGUUGAUGAGGCCCAGAAUUUCCGCACCGAGGAUGGAGACUGGUAUGAGAAAGCAGAAAGAAUCACUCAGCGACAGAGAGAUUGUCCUGGAAUUCUCUGGAUCUUUCUGGACUAUUUUCAGACCAGUCACUUGCAAGAGAGUGGCCUCCCACAGUUCUCACGGCAAGAUCCAAAGGAAGAGCUGACAAAAGUGGUACGAAAUGCAGAUAAAAUAGCUGCGUUCCUACAGAAAAUAAUGCAAGAAAUCAGAAAUAACCCUCCAUACAGUAUCCCCCCUGAGUCCCUGGAGAUGGUCCACGAAUUUAACUGGUCUCCAGGUGUAUCCGGCAGAUGUGAACUUAGGUACUUGAGUUUGAAAGAGAUGGUGAGCUAUGUAGCAAGUAAGUGUAUUUUUUUCUUGAGUAAUGGCUAUUCUCCCCACGAUAUUGCAGUGCUUUUUAGCACAGACAGGGAAAAGAAAGGCUAUAAAAGUAUAUUCCAGAGAGAAAUAAGGAAGAAGAGAGAGUCUCGUACGGAUGAUGCAUUUGUCUGUACUUCUGACAUGUUUGACAGCAUCCGUCGGUUCUCAGGCCUGGAAAGAAGCAUCGUGUUUGGUAUUGAUCCCUGUGCAGCUGAACCGCCCAUUUUCCACAACCUACUGCUCUGUCUGGCUUCCAGAGCAAGGAAUCAUCUGUAUAUAUUGUUUAAUGAUGAUCGUAGGUACGCGAUCCCACCACAUUAUGAGCAAGACAUGGAUGCAUUUUAAUAUUUUAAAGCUUAGACAU